AUGCAUACAGAGGAGAAACCAAACAGCUAUGAAUUUUACAAGUACAUCUCACAGAAGCAUAAUCUGGUGAAGAAUAUGAGAGUGCAUACAAAGAAGAAAACAUAUAGCUGUGACACUUGCAGUAAGAAAUUUUCUGAGAGAAGUUAUCUUGAAAAGCAAUACAAAUGUGAGAUUUGUAACAAGAACUUUUCGCAUAGAGGUAAUCUAGCGAGUCAUAGGAGAUUACACACAAAGAAAACAUACAGCUGUGAGAUUUGCAAUAAGGUCUUCUAUGUGAAAAAGAGAAACCAUAUCUGUGACAUUUGCAAUAAAGUUUUCUCAGAUAAAUCUACACAAAUAAAGCAUAUGAGAGUACAUAUGAAUGAGAAGCCAUAUAGCUGUGAAUUUUGCAAUAAGAACUUUGCUUUGAAAGUGGAUUUAGUAAAGCACAUGAAAGUACAUACAAAGGAUAAGCCAUAA